UUUUUUUUUGUAAUUAGUUUUUUUUUGCUUGUGGGGAGCUAGGAAGGGUUUAAAUGAGAGUUAAGGUGAUUUAGGGAUUGUGGGGUGGUAGAGGGAGAGCUGGAGAUAUCUUGGAAUUUCGAAUCGGUAAAAAAUUCGUUCUGGAAGUGGAAUUUGGAUUGGCUUUAAUGGGAAGUUGAAAUGUUAAUAGAGUGUCUAAUAGCUUCAUUCAGAGUUUGGUAAUUCUUACAACAUCCACUCGUCUCAUUGCUUCGAUUAUGAGACGGAUACCAUCCUUCUCUGGAAGUUUGAAUCCUGACUUAGUAUACUUUGAGGAGAUGUGCUCCUUGACUUAGGCAAAGUACAUUCAAUUGGAGAGUACUCAGGUGAGUAUUGAGGAAAAAUACAACUCCAAUGCCUCAACUUCUUAGGUAAUUUAGCAUAGUUUUACUUAGAUGGAUAGGAGAGUUACCAAUAAUCAAGAUAGCUCCUUCAUAGUCCUUGUACAAUAGCUCUCCAAAAUAUUUGAUCAUCCUGGAAGUGUACUAGACAAAUACCUCUGAGUUUGUCCUUCGAUAAGAAGGCUCACUAUACUGCAUCCCAUGAGAGGCAAGUCUAUAUGCAACUCAAACAUUCUCUGCAUCUUUCAAUCGCAAUUACAAUCAGGGCUAGCUUCUGAUCAGGAACUUAGGUGCUAUUUUAUCUGGGCUGGGUUUUUUCUUCAAAAGAGGAGAGGGAAUCCGCACUGGCUGCUGUAUCAAGAUCCUUAGUCAAUCAGUAAUUGUCAGUGCAUCCACCUCGAACUCUUGAAGUCCCUUUAUGAACUUUGUAUUCAGGGUUUGCCCAUCGAUUAUUCGAUAAGGGAUAUCAUCUGUUCUCUGAGUUUGAGGGUCUUCUUCGUGGUCUAUUGGCUCAUCAAGAAUGGAAAUAUCAAUAAAACAGAACUUCAGCGCUGCCUUCUGUUCGGGAUAGUAGUAAUUUGAAACCUCCUUGGACAUUUA